UGGCGGAAGAUUAGCAAACUUUUAUCGUUUAACAAACCCUUUUUGUAAUUUUAUAGGCAGGAUUUUAUGUUAUGAAAUUUAUUUCAACUUUCUUUUAAAAAUAAAAAGAUGGCGGGGGGCUUAAAAGAGUUGGAUCCAAAUUUGAGGAAGUAUUUGAGAGUUAAUAAACUGCCAGAUGUGUACGAGGCCUUAUUAUCAGGAUUGGCUGUCAUCUGCCCUGCUGAUCCACUGGAAUUUAUUCUAAACAGUUUAAGUCGCCUGGAUGACCUUGGACUUGACGCCUUAUCAUGGGAUAUGUUUAUUCCAACCAACAUGAGACCAGUUAUAAAAGUUAUCUCAGAUAGUAAUUUGGAUUAUAUUUUUAAUUUUGAUGAAUAUCUCAUGCCAACACCAGAGAUGUACCACACAGCUUAUGGCCAGUAUAACACCAAAUUAAAAAAGAUGUCAUUUAACGCUUGGAUGCAAUAUCACUUAAAGGAGAUGAAAAAAGUUCAAGAUACUGAAAAUAAACUUCAUCUGGCUGAAUAUCAGUAUUAUAGUCAAAAGCUACAAGUACAUUUACGUCACUGGAAGGCAUGGGUGAGAUAUAGAAAAGGUCGUCAAGCCAUGGCAUUUCAGAAGAUUCAACGUGUAUUCCACAUAGCUGUUGGACGAGUUAUAUUUGAUGCGUGGUAUAAUCAUACACUGGAUGCUAAACGUCAACGAGAAUAUUUUGAGUUAAAUCUAACGAGACUAGAACGAGGUGAGAAUAUGGAGGAAGAGGAUAUAUUUGGCCAAGGUACCGGAGAAGCCAGGGAUAGUAUAUCAAUGUUACCACGUAAAGUGGCUGUUAAGAUAUUUACCUAUGUAGACAUUACAGAUAUUGCUAACUGUGCCUGUGUUUGCAGAUCAUGGAAAGUUAUAACCCAGGCUAGCUUACUGUGGUCGAAAUUGGAUUUCUAUGAAGUGAAAAGAAGGGUAACGGAUCAAGUAGCGACCAGAUUGCUGUAUAAAGCCCGACCAUAUUUAUUGCAUCUGAAUUUACGAGCAGCUAAACACAUCUCUCAACCAACGUUUACUAGUGUCAGUGAAUGUAGAAAUUUACAGGAUUUAAAUUUAUCAGAAUGUUCAGCUCUAGAUGAUGAGAUGCUUACUGUAUUAGUAAAAGGUUGCCUUAUUUUAUUAUAUCUAAAUGUAUCCCACACUAAACUAACCGACGCUUCCUUGCGAUCUAUUGCCAAAUAUUGUUCUAAUGUCCAGUAUUUAAGUCUGGCUUUUUGUGCCAAAUUCUCAGAUCGAGGUAUGAUGUACCUGGCCUCGGGUAAAUGUAAUAAAAAACUGGAAUACCUUGACCUUAGUGGCUGCUUACAGUUAACACCUGAAGGAUUUAGGAAUUUAGCCAAUGGCUGUACGAACUUGAAGACAAUGCUCUUUAACGAAUUUCCUACACUUAAUGAUGAUUGCGUCGUGACUUUAGCUGAUAAAUGUCCGAAGAUCAAUGCCGUAUCAUUCCUGGGAUCCCCACUUCUAACAGACGAACCAUUUAAAAAAAUUGCUAAUUAUAAAAAUUUGACUACUAUAAAGAUUGAUGGGAACCACCGAAUAUCUGACGCUAGUACCAAACUCAUUGGUAAACUUUGUCCUAAUUUAGAACAUGUUUAUCUUACUGAUUGUUCAAGACUAACAGACGCUACACUCAAAUCUAUCUCAGCGUGUCGAAAUCUCAUCGUUUUAAACCUAGCAGACUGUGUCAGGAUUAGUGAUACUGGAGUUCGAUAUAUGGCUGAAGGACCGUGUGCUUUCAAACUACGUGAAUUAAAUUUAACAAACUGUGUACGUGUUGGUGAUUUGGCUAUGGUUAAUAUACAUAAAAGGUGCCACCAUCUAGUGUAUUUAAGUGUUUGUUUUUGUGAGAAUAUAAGUGAAGCUGGUAUAGAGUUAUUAGGACAGAUACACAGUUUAACAUCUCUAGAUUUAUCAGGCUGUAACUGUGGGGAUCAGGGAUUAGCAGCUUUAGGUAAUAAUAUAAGACUACGAGAUGUAUGUUUAUCAGAUUGUGCAGGAAUCACAGAUCUCGGUUUACAGAAAUUUGCACAACAAUGUCGUGAAAUACAGAGACUAGAUAUUUCACAUUGUGUGCAUAUAACAGAUGGUGCUAUUAAGAAUCUGGCGUUCUGCUGUCGUAUGUUGUCAUUCUUAAAUAUCUCUGGUUGUAAGUUGGUAACUGAUAUGGGUAUACAGUAUUUAUCCGGUGUUUGUUAUUACCUAUUACAAUUAGAUAUUAGUGGAUGUACAUUAGUAAGUGAUAAAGGAAUGAGAUAUUUAAGAAAAGGUUGUAAAAAGUUAAAGAAUCUAACAUGUUACUAUUGUAAGAAUGUCACAAAGUUGGCGGUGUAUAAAAUGUCUAAAUGUGUAGAAAAGGUUAAUUACAGUGCUGAAGAUUUUCCUGUUAACAAUGGUUAUUGAUAGUUGUUAUAUGGACAGAGUUAGUGCUAAACGAUAAGGCCAGCUCAAUUUUACAUCAUCAUAGGUCACAAGAUGUAAACAGGGCUAGUGCUAAUCCCAACCCUAACCCUAACCUUGGACCCAGCCCCAAUGCUUACCCUAACCCUAACCUACAAUCUCGCCAACAAUCACUUGCCCUAACCUUAUUUACAUCUCAGCGACCUUGACAGAAAUUGAGCUGGCCUUAACAAAUAGAUUUAGCCAUAUGGACAGAUAAAGAGAGUGUGUCCUUACCUCUUCCUUGUUGUUUGGACUGAUGAAUAAUUGUACAUCUUCCUUAAAGAUACAUUAGGGGAAGAUUAGAUAAAGAGGUGGCUGUUCUAACUAUACUAGUUAAAAAACCAGAUAAUGUAAAUGAAUUAUGCUGAAAAUUUUAGUCAAAUUGCUUCACUGUUAGCCGAGAAAACGUUAUUUUAAAAUAUCUGUAGCCUCGAUUGUCAUUGUUACCACUGUCGCGAUAAUUAACAACAUCUCAAUUAUCCAUUUUUGCGUUUAAUCAUCACCAGAUGUUGAACAGCAGAUCAGAUUCAAAUCCAGUGAAAAUCAGACAGAUAAGAUGCCAUCAAGAGUUGAUUGUGGUCUUUUUAUGUUAAUAAAUGUCUAAUUAAUAGUUUAUAUAACAUUUCAGGCCUAAAGAAAGAUCUGCAAUAAGCAGAUUUAGCUCUUGCAUAAUGCAUGUUUAAUAGUUUAUAUAACAUUUAAGGGCCCUGUUUUGCGAAAUCUUAACUAAAGAUAGAAUUCAAAUUUUAGUAGAUACUUCAAUUUUGAUUGGCUAAGCACUAAAAUCAAUCUAAUAUUAUCCAAUCAAAUUACUAAAAUUUGGAUUUUAUCUUAGUUAAAAUUUCGUGAAACGGGUCCCAGACUCAAAGAAAGAGUGCAAUGGGCAGAUUUAUGUCUGGCAUAAUCUAUGUUUAAAGUGGCUAACAGCCUCCCUCCCCCUUUUAAAAUAUGUAUAUCAAUAGAGACAGAGAAAUUGGGGUUUAGCAUGCUCUCGACAAAAACUAUGUCAUUUCGGGACUAACAUAUGGUUCAAUUUGAUUUCAAGAAUUCGCUUGCACGUAGGGGUCUUUAGUUGUGUUGUGGGAGGAAACCAAGUAACUACAGAAAUCCCACGAGGUUGGACAGGUGACUCUACUGCUAGUUGCAUACAAGCAGGGAAUCAAAACCAAUUACAGGCCUUAUGCUGUAAAGCACACAUGCUAAACCAUUCGACCAUCCACUCCCCCCUUCCUCCUGCAUCCAUACCUACUCUCUGUAACAGUAGGGAGAGCAGUGUGGCUAGAGAUAGAGAGAGAAAUGGGGUUUAACGUCCACUCUACAUAAACUAGGUCAUUUCGGAACUAACAUAUGGUUCAAUUUUAUUUCAAUCAUUCGCUUGCACGUAGGGGUCUUUAGCAGUGGGAGGAAACCGGCGGACCCGGAGAAAACCCACAAGGUUGGACAGGCGACCCUACUCCUUGUCACGUACAACCGGGGAAUUGAAACCAUGCCAGUUGACUCAAUAACAGGCCGUAUGAUACAGCGCGCACGUGCUAACCAUUCUGCCAUCCAACCCCUCCGCCCCCCCCCCCCCCCCCCCCCCCCCCGGCUAGGGGGUAAAGUAUGUUAAAUCCAAAUUUUUCCCCUAUCAUCAGAUUGACAAUUUAGAUCCCAAAAGCACACAAUUAUUUUCAACAGAUCCUUAGCAGUGCAGUGAGGCACAGCCAGAGGGGAGAGCAGAUUAAAUUAUUCAAAUUUUUACCCAAUCUCUGAUCUCUAGAUCAACAACUUAGAUCUCAUAUAUUGAUUAUUAUAUUAUAUAAUAACUUCAUACAGUGAUAACUUGUCGCCCCAAGCAGUAGAAUAAUCUAACACAGUGGUUCUCAACAUUUUUUUGCCAGCGGCACAACUUGGAACAUAUGAAAAAAUAACGGCACACCUGCCUAAAUAUAUAUGAAAAAUAUUUGAAUUUUGCAAAAUAAAAACAUGGUAAGUCAGACGGCAUACGACUGUAGACACAGACUAAUCAAUCAUGCACACGUAAAAUGUCUCAAACUAAAUAAAGACACCGGAAUUUAUCAGUAGACACCAGUGAAUACUCAAUUGGGAUCACAUGAUUUUUCGCAUUUUCUUAGUGUGCCAUUCAAAAUUUCAUGGCGCACUGGUUGAGAAUCACUGGUCAAACGUGUGGUCAGGGGCUCUUUUUUCAGACAAAAUCAAACAGUCAUUGACAAGAAACCUGUGGCCAUUACUUGAUCAAGAUCGGGAAGAAUUACAAAUUAAAUUACAUAAAGUGACAUGACAGAUAACACGGGCGAAUUUCUGCUCACUAAUAAUUCCUUCAAAGACCAAAGAGUUGUUAUGUGGGGCUGUGAGAGGAUAUCUGACAAUUCAAAAAAGUAAUUGAAUGUCACUAGAUAAGGGAAAACGAAAAAAAUAGAAAUAGUGCGUACAUUCCCUUGUUUUUAUUUAUUCUAUACUUAAUAGAAACAUGGUAAUGCACAGACUUUUUCUAUAUUUUGAAUUGUCAGAUAUCCUCCCAGUCUCAUAUAACAACUUUUGGUCUUGGAAGGAAUUGCUAGUGAGCAGAAAUUUGACCGUGUAUCUGUUAUCACUCAUCACUUCAGUCAGUUAUAUAGAAGGAUAACUCAUGUUUUCCUUUCGCCUUUGUCACUUCCCUUUCUUGAAAUCUUCAUAACUCAUCUAUCGUAGCAAUGAUCUCUGUGUUAAAAUUAUAUUUGGAAUGUGUUUAACCAGUUCUAUCACAUAUGUGAUAAUGACUGACACCAAUAUUGUCCUCUAAGCUACUGUAUUCUCAGCAUUGUGAGGAAUGAAUUUAUACAGACUUCUUGGGGACUGUGAAACAAUAUAGGACUGAGUGUUGUCAAAAUAUAUUUUGUUUUUAAUCUGAGAUUGAUCUGCUUGUCCAUUUGGCACACCUGGGCAGAAUCCAGGACCCUACAUCUAACCGGCAGCCACAUCACAAUUCGUUGCUUGUCCGGCGAACCGACAAAUCUGAAAUAUUUAAGUAUUGAGAAUUAUGCGUUAGCAAUUUGCGUUCUGUUGUUAUCUCUGUAGCCAUCAAAUAUUAACAUUUAUUUAUGAUUUAAUAGUUCAUACAUAUACAUCAGGACACGGUACGUCAUUUACAUAAACGUUAUUAUUUGAUGGACAUAGAGACAACUCAUAAUUCUCAAUACUUAAAUAUUUCAGAUUUGUCGGUUCGCCAGACAAGCGACGAAUUGUAUAGGGGUAGCUACAUAUCACUUACUGUCAUACAGCCGGGGCUAGAUAUAGGGUACUGGAGUCGGACAAGGUUUUCUCAAUGCUUCUUGUGUUGUCAUAUCUCAAGAUGGAUGAACAGCCCUUCAGAGUUAAAAAGUGGGAGAAGAGAAAGCUCUCCUGGCAAAUUUUCCUCUCCUGCCUUUGAAACAUGACCAAAAAUAUUAAAAGUGGCCUUAUAUUUUGUCUAUAAAUGAUUUUGUAACAUAGACCGGAAAUCUUCCUUUGUUCUUUUUGUUAAAUAAGCAGAUUGUUUUCCCUCUAGUAGAUUGGGUGGAGCUUAACUGUGCAAUGUUAUUGCACACUUUUGCUGGUUUACACUAGUUUUAGUAGAAACCACAUAGAGAAGUGGGGUGGUUUUUCUGUGCAAUAACAACAAGCAUGUUGAGCAGGUGUCAAUUUUACAAGUCAUUUAUAGCACGCUUCAUUCAUUAACAGGUUUAACAUCUCGGCCUACAGCCUCGAUGUUUAAACCUGUUAACUCAUGUAAGCCUUGCUAUAAAUAUAACAGGUCGACAAUAUGUGCUAUUGGACAUGCAUGGCAUAGAUUUAAAGUUAUCAAUAAUACAAGGGACAUAACUCUAUUUAAUUACUUGCUUUAAUUAUAUAUAAUAAUAAUAGUUAUUAUAACUAGAGAUUGUACAGUGUAUAUAUUAUAAAUAGUAUCUUUGUAAAUAUUAGAAUAAAAUAUUUAUAUACUACA